AUGGCACAUGGUCGCGGCGACUGUGACCCCGACGAAGAGUUCCUGGAUCGCCUGGCCAAAAAGACCAGCUUCUACGACCAGCCGUCUGCGCCGCCAGAGACGCUCAACCUGCCUUCCGCCUCGCUGGAUGGGCUGGCGGAUGUGCAGGUGGAGGAGCAUGAGCUUGAGAAGGAGGGGCCAUAUUUGCUGCAAGUAGUGGCGCCGCCGCAGGACCCCGAGGCGGCGGCGGCGGAGAAGGCGCGGCGGGCAGAGGUGGAGAAGCGCGAGGCGCGCUUUGCGUCGCUGUUUGACGGCAGGUCGUCCGGCGGCGCCGAGCAGACGGGCGUGCCAGAGAACCUCAAGUUCUCCCAGCUGAGCCGCUCGUCGGCGCCGCAACCGCUGCCCGACGUGGGCACCAAGGCUGCGUCUGCUGAGGAGGAGGCGCUGCGUGCCGAGGACGAGGCGCGGCGCGCGGCCUGGGCGGAGCUCAACGCGAUACGCGCGGCGGAGACCGAGGCGGGGGCGCGGUACAAGCGGGCGUACGCCCAGUUUGUGGCCACCUGGGGCCACCGCGGCGCGGAGCUGCGCGAGUGA